CCCGGCGAUUUAUGAACCCUAGAAAUAAACGCCGGCCAACAACUAAAACUCUACGCUACAUUAGAAUCUCCAUUGAUCUCAAUACCACUGCGGAAUCAUUUUUUUUCUUUUAGGUAAAAUGGAGAAUUCGUUGCUUGAUUCUGGUGAAACUAUGGAGAUGGUUACUAUACAAAAAAUCGAGGAAACAGUGAAGGGCAUACUCAGAGAAGCUGAUAUGGACCAAAUGACAGAGUUCAAACUCCGAAUUGACGCUUCGGCUAAACUCGGUUUCGAUUUAUCGGGAACGGAUCACAAGAAGCUAGUCAGAGAUGUUCUUGAGGCAUUUUUGCUAUCGACACCCGGUGAAGCAACCGUACCGGAGACGGUGGCUCCGGCGAAGGAUGAGACAGGUUCUGGUGCUGCCGCUUCCGUUGGUGGUGAAGAUGAACGCUUUAUUUGCAAGUUAUCGGAGAAGCAAAAUGCUAGGGUUCAAAAAUACAGAGACCAAGCUUUUCUAUCGAUUGGUUCUCAGGAAAAUGGAAAGGCUUUUAGAGGAGCACAUUUGUCAACUAACCAAUGGUCUAUAAUCAAGAAGAAUUUUGCAGCGAUAGAGGAUGGUAUUAAGCAGUGUCAAUCAAAACUAAAAUCUGAAUCAGCACAAAAUGGAGAUACUUCUGAGGCUGUGGAUAAGAACAGCUCUCACGGUUUUUCUCUUAUCAUGAUUUCACGAUUUGAUGGGAAGAGUUAUCUUUCCUGGGCAUCACAGAUGGAACUCUUUUUGAAGCAAUUGAAUCUGACUUAUGUUCUCUCUGAACCUUGUCCCGGUACUGGUAGUUCUCCAGGCCCUGAAAUAACUCUAGCUGAUUCUGUGGGGAAAAAAUGGUUGAGAGAUGAUUACCUAUGCCACAAUCACUUGAUGAACUCCUUGUCAGAUCAUCUGUACCGUCGAUACUCAAAGAAAUUCGAGCAUGCCAAAGAAUUGUGGGACGAGUUAAAAUGGGUCUACCAGUGUGAGGAAUCCAAUUCAAAGAGGUCACAAGUUAGAAAGUACAUUGAAUUCAGAAUGGUGGAAGAGAGAGCGAUACUCGAGCAAGUCCAAGUCUUUAACAAGAUUGCGGAUUCCAUAGUGAGUGCUGGUAUGUUUCUUGAUGAGGCAUUUCAUGUGAGUACAAUCAUCUCCAAGUUUCCCCCGUCGUGGAGAGGUUUCUGCAACAGACUGAUGGAAGAGGAGUUUUUACCAGUCUGGAUGUUGAUGGAACGAGUAAAAGCUGAGGAAGAGCUUCUCAGAAAUGGAGCACGAGGGGUUACAUAUAGACCAGCCACAGGCUCUUCUCAGAUGGAAAGGAGACCGAGUCUAGGAACAACACAUAGAGAAUCUCAGAGUAUAGGUUGGAAGCGGAAAGAACCCGAGAGAGACGAGAGAGUCAUCGUCGUCUGUGACAACUGUGGAAGGAAAGGACAUCCCGCAAAGCAUUGCUGGGGUAAUAAAUCUGAUGAGAGAGCUUCCGGGAAGCCAAACCGUAUUAACUCUUCAGUCCCUGCACCUGUGGAAUCAGAGACUCAAGCAACAACCAACAAUGAUAGGGAGUAGUAGCUGAUAAUUGCUGAAGACAAAAUAUUUAUAUCUCUGGAUUGAAUGGAAGAUGAGAGUCAAGAUCCAGUUCAAGAGGUGCAGCCUCAUCAUUAACAUCUUAAAUCAUCAGUUACCUUUUUCUCAGCUUAUGGAUAUGUCUCGCCUGAUGAUAUUAGAUUUGUUACUCUAUAGUUGAGGACACUGAAUUGUAUAAAAGGAAAACAAAUAG